AUGACGGCCCGUGCAGUGCCGGGCGGGGAUGAGAAGGAGAUCAGGGUCCCGAUCGAGUUCCCGCGCGAGUACCUCGACUCGACCGGCGUGGAGCUGUCGUCGCUCAGCGUCGACGAGGCCACCGCGCAGGGGACGCUGCUCCACGUUACGCAGCCCGUCACUAAGGACUGGCCCGCCAACGACGUCAUGCCGUUCAACCCGGACCUCUACGGCGCGUUCCCGAGGGUCGAGGCGCCGUCGCCCGGGGAGCCCAUCGUGAUUCUUCCGGGGUUCGGGAACGAGACGGGCGACUACGAGGCGCCGUUUGGGGUCGUGGACGCCGCGAUCGCCACCGCGCUCCGCCGCCGCGGGUUCUCCGUGCACGUCCUCCAGGUCGAGCGGAAGGACUGGUUCCAGGUCGCCAAGGGCCUCCUGAGCCUCGCCUUCUGGCAAAAGAAGGCCACUGUCGACCCGGGCUACCGCUGGUACCUCGACCGCGCGGACGCCGCCGUCCGCGAGGCCGUCGCAGCCUCGGACGGCCGUCCCGUGACCAUUCUGGGCCACUCUGCCGGGGGGUGGCUGGCGCGCGCGUACCUCGCGGACCCGAAGUACCGCGACGACGGCGCGGAGGGGCCGAACCCGAACGUGCGGGCGCUCGUGACGCUCGGGUCGCCGCACCGCAACACGUUCCGCGACAUGGUGGGGACGGACCGGACGGGGGGACUGUUGGGGAGUGUUGACGCGGAGUCCCCCGGGGCGAGGUUCGCGGGGGAGGGCGUGCGGUACGUGUGCGUCGCGGGGCGCGCGGUGCGCGGGCGGCAGGCGGCGGAGAAGGGGCAGGUGCAGCUGUACGCUCACAACAGCUACCUGGAGGUGUGCGGAGAGGGCGAGGGCGUCGAGGGCGACGCGGUGGUCCCCACGCGGUGCUCGUUCCUCCCGGGGGCCACCAAUGUUCUACUGGACGGGGUGUUCCACAGUAUGAGCAGGGUGGGGACCUUCGAGGAGGGGACGAGCAACCGGUGGUACGGGUCCGAGGACGUGAUCGACUCGUGGCUCGGGCGCGCGUUCGAAUGA